CGGCUUUCCCUGCUCCAUCAAGAUCCAACACAAAAUCUCUGUUGGAUCUUUCUCUCUCUCUCUCCCCUUCGUACUCCAAAUACAAAACCCAAACUCCGAUCUCUUCUCCGUUUUCUAGCAUCUGAAAUAUAGGGUUCCGUUUCUCACUGAUCGAUUUUUCCCAGCUUCCGGUUUAACCCCUCUGGUGGAUUCCAAGGCCUCCAUCAUUGAAGCUCAGCCUCCUCGGAAUUGGUGAAUGAAGUAAACUGGAAAAAAAGAACGUUUUUCGUGACUUCUUGAGCGCAAAGUUUCGAAUGGUGUUUCUUUUGGAAAUCGGGGAUCUUUUUAUAUGAAGACUAGUUAAGACGCCAGAAUGAACGUGUUUAACGCACAGAUAUUGGCCGAGAAGCUCUCUAAGCUGAACAACUCUCAGCAGAGCAUUGAAACAUUAUCGCAUUGGUGUAUUUUUCACCGGAAGAAAGCCAAACAGGUUGUAGAAACAUGGGAUAAAUUGUUCAAUUCUUCCCAGAAAGAGCAACGUGUUGCUUUUCUAUAUUUGGCAAAUGACAUUCUUCAAAACAGUAGACGCAAAGGGAGUGAAUUUGUGAAUGAAUUCUGGAAAGUCCUUCCAGCCGUUCUCAAGGAUGUCUAUGAGAAUGGGGAUGACCAUGGAAGGAAAGCAGUCUCAAGGCUGGUAGACAUAUGGGAGGAAAGGAAAGUCUUUGGAUCUCGUGGUCGGAGUCUUAAAGAUGAAAUGCUUGGUAAAGAUCCUCCACCGUUAUUGGAGAGCAAUGGAAAAAGUUCCAACUCUAUAAAGAUAGUAAAGAAGGAUGCUCACUCAAUAAGACUAAAAUUGGCUGUUGGAGGUAUGGCUGAAAAGAUAGUUACUGCCUUUCAAGCUGUACAUGAGGAACAUUUCAAUGAGGACACUGCUUUAAACAAAUGCAAAGCUGCUGUUCGUCGUGUUGAAAAAAUGGAGUUAGAUGCUGACAAUGCCUGCACCCAAGGAAAUCAACAGGGUCCAACAUUGGCAAAUGAACUACAAGAGCAGGACAAUGUCCUUCGGCAAUGUAUCAAGCAACUUGAAAGUGUUGAAGCAACUAGAGCAGCUCUGGUUGCUCAGCUGAAAGAAGCACUUCAGGACCAGGAAUCAAAGCUGGAGCUUAUACACACUCAAUUGCAAGUUGCUCAUUCUCAGAUAGACCAAGCAAGUAAUGUGAGACAGAGGCUCACAUCAGCCAGAGUUUCUGGUCCUGGCCAAACCACCGGCACAACUCUACCGGCUGAGACACUCCCAAUUCAACCAACAAGCAGCGUAACUCAACCUCCUCUGAUGCAACCUGUCACUUCUUUUGCGGCUUCAAAGUCUACAGCAGAAGAAGAUCACAAGAAGGCAACGGCAGCAGCUGUUGCAGCAAAGCUUGCUGCGUCUACAUCUUCUGCACAGAUGCUUACCUCUGUGCUAUCAUCACUGGUUGCAGAAGAAGCAGCCUCUAUGAAUGGUGGCACCAAACGAUUUGGAAGCAGUUUACCAUUCUCUAUGGAAAAACGUCCCAAACUUGAGAAACCACUGCCAGUUUCAGAAAUGGGCAGUACAGCAUACUUUGCCAAUGUACAACAGCAAUCAUUGACCAAUUCCCCCCUCACACCCGGCCCAUCCUCAACCACAAGCAUGCAGCCAAUGUCCCAAGCUAGUCAGGUACAGCCUCCAUUCCCACCACCACCACCACCUUUGCCACCUCCACCUGCGCACAUAUAUGCACAAUCCACGGGUAUGAUAGCUGGAGUGAUGCCUUAUGGAUAUGGUGGUUCAAGCUUACCACCUCCUCCUCCCCCCUUGCCUACACACGUGGCAAUGGGUUUAGCACGACCAGGGACUCAGCCCCAGCAGCCUGUGACAGGAAGUUAUUACAGGCCUUCAGGUAUGGGAUUCUAUGGGCAGAACCAUCAGCCAGCAACUCCACCAGUUCCUCGGCAGUGAUGCCCCUUCAGAGUAAUCUUUACAGGCCAGAGGGUUGUCCAAGUACCUCGUCUGUCAUAUUUUGUAAAUUAAUUAAUUAAAAUUUUUUUUUUUUUAAACUUCUUUUCUUUUCAAGGUGUAGAAAGCCAGGUAAGGCAAAAAUAGAAUGAGGUCCCUUGCAUUGUUGAAGUUGAGCGUGAAAUGUUAGGUUAACAGGGAUUAACAGGGGUUAACAGGAAGCGUACUUAAUUCAUGAUAAAGAAAUGAUGCUGGAUUAGUUCCAGCCUUUAGGUUUUCUAGUAGUAA